GCUUUCGUAAUUUACGAAUGCUUUCAGCUGUUUUGCGAAUAACAAAUUCCCUCUACCGCCACAUCUGUGUUGGAAAGAAAUCGUAAACAAAUAAUCAACCAAUCUUCAACCCCAUAGAUGUGCAUAACAACCCUUCAACCGAAUGGCUGACAAAACGCAGGCGUUGAUUUCGAACAAGUCUGUCACGUUCCACAAAUACUCCACAAGCAAACUGUUGGUUAGGAGUUGGUCUGCGUUUGACUUGUUUUCAUAUGUCAAGAUUGUAUUGAUUUUUCGUGAAUCCAUUUAUAAGUUCGUUUUGAUGAUGCUGAUUCAUACUUUACACUGAAGACUUGCUAACAAUUUUAAUUCCAAGUUUCCAACAAUAAAAUUCACCAAAAAAUUCUAAAUCGCGAAGAUAUAAAUAAUACUAAGAGCUAAAGGAAGCAAAAUAUAAUCCAUUGCGUUGUCCAUAUCCAAUAAAGAAAUAAUAUAAUACAAUAUAUGUACUUAUGUACAUACUUAUAUAAAUAAACUACGUUUGCAAAUAAAAUCUUCAACGACGUUUUGAGCCGUUUCGUAUUGUAAAGCAAACAACAUAUAGACAAAAGCCAAGCAUUAAUCUGGGAAGUCAUUGAAACCGUAAAUCGAGAUGGCUUUGGACUUUGUGGCGACGUAUAAAGUUCUGGUGCUAGGUGAUUCUAAUGUGGGUAAAACGUGUAUUGUCCAUAGAUACUGUGACGAGAAAUACUACGACACAUACAUCUCCACUAUAGGCAUCGACUUCAAGCAGAAAUUAAUCAAUUUGGAUGGUGUGCCAAUAAAGUUACAAAUUUGGGACACAGCUGGACAAGAAAGGUUUCGAACAUUAACUACGGCCUAUUAUCGUGGAGCAAUGGGUAUCCUACUGAUGUAUGAUGUGACCAAUUUGGAGAGCUACAACAAUUUAUCAUAUUGGCUUCGAAAUAUCCAAGAGAAUGCGUCACCGGAUGUUGUCAAAGUCUUAGUGGGCAAUAAAUGUGAAAGUUCUGCUACUCAACGGGCGGUCGACAAAGAGAGGGGUGAAAAGAUUGCUGAAAAUUUUGAUAUGCCCUUCUUUGAAGUAUCCUGUAAAUGCAACAUUAAUAUUGAGGAGGCUUUUCUAGCACUGGCACGAAAGAUCAGAGAACAACGUGAACGUCGGGGGGAUAACUUUGACAACGACGAUAAAAACCAGGAUAAAAAAUCUCCUGGCUCUAACGGGCUAGGUACCUUUAGUUUGGCCAGUCUCUCCGAAGGUAAUCGUUGUUCCUGCUAAGCCGAACAGAAAUAUUCCACAUACUCGUAAGGAAACAUACGUCCAAUAGAGUGCUGUAGUGGAAUAUGUACUUCCAUGCAUACUUACAUACAUACAUACAGACAUGCUAUCGUAAAUAUUAUCGGGACACUUGGCCAAAUGUGGCUAGCACUGAGAUGCGGUAUAAAAGCAAAACAACUUGAACCUGCCUCCAUGUAAUAGGCAAAUUACAAUUUUCCUGAGUUGGAAUAUGGUUGUUAAUGACGCAGUUUCACAUUACAGCUAUAUAACAUGAUAAUA